AUGAAGCACAUCGCCGCUUUUCUGCUGCUUUCUCUCGCCAAGGAGUCGGCUCCUACUGCUGACGACGUCAAGGGCCUGCUGAGCACUGUCGGUAUUGAGGCCGACGCUGAGCGCCUCGACAAGCUCGUCGCUGAGCUCGACGGCAAGAACGUUGCCGAUGUGAUCGCCGAGGGCAAGGAGAAGCUUGCCUCGGUGCCCUCGGGUGGUGCCGUCGCUGCCGCCCCGGCCGCCGGUGGUGCCGCGGCUGGCGGUGACGAGGCUCCUGCCGCUGAGGAGAAGAAGGAGGAGGAGAAGGAGGAGUCGGACGACGACAUGGGCUUCGGUCUCUUCGACUAA